AUGGAGAAUAACGAAUACUAUGACAUUGAUUCCAUCUUGGCAGAACAUAUUAAAAUACCUUGUACAUUAAACCAUGAUUUGGGUGCAAAAGUGAAUCUGUCUGGGCAUGGCAUUGAGGUCAAAAAAGCAACACAACUUGAGCUUCCAUUUUGGAUGGCUAAACCCAUGGCUCAAUUAACACUUCCUACAACGAAUGAGAAUCUGAUUGCUUUGGAGAUCCCGAGCUUUUUUGGCAGACGAGUACGCAAUAAUCUCAAUGCCAGUCCAACAAACGUGGAUUUGCAGUCAGCAUGUCCUUAUUUCUAUGUAUUUGGCACUAAAUUAGUUGAUACAGUAGUAGAUGAUACAUUGGGGCCUUUGAUGCAAAAGACAUACAAGGCAAGAUUGAGAGAGAUCAUGGACCAUUCUCAAACAAGCGCUGCUGGCGCUGGCCAAGAAUUCAUGUACAAGUCAGGACUUGAGAGUGCAAAUCUUUUACGUCAAUGGCAGAACCGAUCUUUGCACAAACUCAAGCAAGUCGACAUUAACCUCCGAGCAUCUUAA